AUGCUUCUCGAUCUACUCGAUAUUGGAUAUGACAGACUAUUUGUGACUGGUGACUUUAAUAUUAAUAUUGCCUCGACUCGUCCGACAACAAACCACACAGCGUUGCAUCAUAUCAACAAUACCUUCAACUUAACAAUCCUUCCUACUGGUCCCACACGCAUCACCGAUCACACCACAACAACGAUUGACCUGCUGAUCACCGACAAUCCAGGUUCGGUGAUUAAAUCAAAAACCAUUAUAGGCAGUACAAUUUCGGACCACGAGGUAGUGUACUUACUAGCGAACAUCAAGCUGCAGAGAACUGUUCCCCAAACCAUGCGUGUUCGAAAUUUCCGAGCCAUUAAUUCUCUCCAGCUGCAAGCCGACCUCCAAGCAAAAGACGUUCAACACUUCUACGCUGCUGAGGACUCUUCGGUGAAGGCGGAUCUACUUACUGCCGAACUCAAGAAUCUACUCCAGCACCAUGCUCCUGAGCGCACAAUUGUAGUACGUGACAAACGAACACCAUGGAUCACGGAACAUAUCAAGCAUGCUGUGGAGCUGAAAUCACUAGCAUAUACCCUGUAUUCACGCAACCCGAACAGAACCAGAGGAGAUGGCCAAUGGCAGGACUAUGUACGAAAGCGCGACAGAGCCAACUCCCUCAUUUUCGAAGCCAAAAAACGAUAUGCCGAGCAGCAUUUCGAUCAUACUCUGCCAGCGAAGCAACUGUGGUGCAACUUAAGAAGAGAAGGUGUACAUAAUAAUGCGAAAAAGACCCCACAUACCGAAGAAACUAAUGCGGAUGAGCUAAACCGUUUCUUCAGCGAUGGCCAUCGCCAGGUGCAGGGCGCAAACCAAGUCAGAACACCGUUUGCACCCCUCCACCGCUCAACGAUUGAUCGAGGUGCAACCGAAUUCAACUUCCGUCGCACAAACACUAACGAAAUAUGUCGUGAAAUAUUCGCAAUCCAAACGAAUGCAACUGGCUCGGAUGAAAUUCCUAUUUCCUUCAUUAAAUUAUUAUGUCCAUUUAUCCUUCCACACCUGUCCCACCUGUUCAACUUUAUAAUUGAAUCUAAAUCCUUCCCCUCCAACUGGAAAAAAGCUAUCAUCACCCCCAUCCCUAAACAAUCCAACCCAACCCAGCCAAAAGACUUUCGGCCAAUUAGUGUACUACCUGCCAUGUCGAAAGUGCUAGAAAAAAUCCUUCUUUCACAAAUCACGGAGUACCUGGAUAAUCCACACGUGCCUUUUCCUCUGCUGGCGAAACAUCAAUCGGGCUAUCGAAAAUCAUACAGUACUACUACUGCUCUUGCCAAAGUAGUACAUGAUGUAUAUUCCAACCUCGACAACCACACUUGCACGGUCAUGGUCCUUGUCGAUUUUUCUCUCGCAUUUAACUGCGUAGAUCAUCAGAUUCUUGGGACUAAACUUCACAAUGAGUUCCUUUUCUCGGAUGCAGCAUGCGAUCUGGUGGCUUCAUUCUUGGAACGCAGAAAGCAAUCGGUCCGCCUGGGUGGAAUCCUAUCAGAGGAGCGAGAUGUUCACGAUGGAACUCCCCAGGGGUCUUGUCUGAGCGCGAUUCUUUUUAGCUUGUACAUAAACAGCCUGCCAUCGACGUUAAAAUGCAGCUACCAUCUAUACGCUGAUGAUUUGCAGGUCUAUUUUUCUGGUCCAGCCUCUGAUGUGGACAGACUUGUACGAGCCAUCAACACAGACCUCGAAGCCAUUGUGCACUGGGCCGAUGCAAACCGGUUGGCCCCUAAUCCAAAGAAAACUCAAGCCAUCAUCUUCAGUAAGACUGGGCCAAUACUACCACAAAGCAGCAUUAGUUUUUGUGGUGAAAUAGUGCCACUCUCUAAUGAAGUAACGAACCUUGGACUUAAACUAGAUCGCAGUUUGACUUGGGCUCAUCAAGUGAACGACGUCGUCAUGAAAACCUACAACGUUUUACGCACGUUUCGCCGUUUUUCCGCGGUGCUUUCACUGCAGACACGAUGUAAGCUGGUGAGAGCGGUGGUAAUGCCCAUCUUCACGUAUGGCGAUAUUGUAUACUAUCCUGGACUGUCAGCAACCCUAAAAGAUCAAUUGCAACGAUGUUUCAAAUCAGCUGUACGAUUUGUCUACAAGCUGCGGCGACGAGACACAACCGCAGCUGUUCGAAAUUCUAUCCUCGGAGUCGAUCUACCGUCUAACUAUCGACUUAGAAUCUGUUGCUUCAUACGACAGGCCUACUACGGUAACCAACCUGGCUAUAUUCAACAGCAUCUGCAACCCGGGCAGCAACAACGAACGCGAUGUCUCAUCAUUCCUAGGCAUACAACAAGCAGUGGGAAAAGCGUACUCAUAUACGGAGCCACGUGCUGGAAUGGUCUCCCAAUAGACGCUAAAUUAAAGCCAACUCUGUCUGCCUUCAAAAACUGUACAAAAAGACUGGUUUAA